AUGGACGGCAAUAUCGGCGAUCAGUCGGAAAAUUCAAUACGGCCACGAGCUUGCGAGCGCUGUGCUCGUUCCAAAGCAAAAUGCGUUUGGACGGAUCGGGAGAAGGAUGGGAUGAAAGUCUGCGAAAGAUGUUUCAAGGGGAAACUUACAUGCAUCGCCCCUCCACCUGGAACAAGAAAGACGCGAGGGAAGUCGACACGGGUGAAAGCCAUCGAGACGAAGUUAGAAGGUAUCAUGUCACUACUUGGCGAGCAUAAGGAUCUGUUGCAGCAUGUGAAUAAACCCUCCGGUCCGUCCGGUUCUCAGACCGCCGCUUCCAGACCGCCAACCAGCGAUUGGAGUAUCCCAAGAUUGGAAAGCGGUCGGACCCAGGUGACCCAGCCAACGUUGCCAUCUUCGUUUACACAACAACUCAACUCCAGAGAGACACAGAAGUUUGAAAUCAUAUCUGGGUACGAGAUGUCAUUUGACGAGGCCGAUCAGGUGCUCCAAGAGUACAUGAUCAUGAUGCUUCCUCAAUUCCCAUUUGUUCCGCUGGAAACUACCGACGUAUUUCAGUUGUCGCGGGAGAAGCCGCUGCUGCUGAAAACGCUGUUGUUUGUUUGCCGCCCUUCUGACUCACAAUCGAGAUUGAAUUUCGAUGGAUGGUUUCGACAACAUAUUGCCCACCAGAUCGUGGUGCUGAACAUGAAGAACAUUGAACUAAUACAAGCAAUUAUGAUUUUCCUUGCCUGGAGAGACUUUCGACACUUCAUUGAUGGCCUUCACACAAGUCUGAUGCAGCUUGCUGCAGGCCUUAUCAGCGAAAUGAAGUUAGAUAGAUGCCCGCAAUCACCCAAAAAGCUGAUAAACUCGAUAGUCGAGGACGUGGAGAUGCUAGGCUUCGAAGUUCCGGUGCAAGAAGGGCCUCUCAACGUCGGCAGGAGGACAGCGCUUGGAAUAUUUUAUAUUGCUACCUCGGCUUCACUUCUCCUAGGCAAAUCGUCUUGUAUGAAAUACAAUGAGACCUUCGAAAGAUUUUGCCAAGUCUUACUCCACGAUCGAGAGUAUCCCACAGACACGCUUCUGGUCCAACUCGUUAAGAUUCAAAUACUCGCUUCCAAGUUGAUUACUGCAUAUUCAAAUGCUGCUGGAGAUGGAGUCUAUGAGCAAAGUUUCCACUCAAUGACUGUUUCGUUAAUCCGUAAAGAACUGAACGAUUUCGCAUCUCAGCUACCUCCAGAGCUUGCAUCUAAUCAUCUUAUACGAAGCCACAAGCAGGCCAUCUUAGUUCGAUUGUAUGAACCUGCAAUACAUUCAGAACCUCAGAAUUGGCCAUAUGCAUCACUGUCAAGGACCGAAGGAAUUUGGAAUUGUUUUCAGAACGCCAUAACACUAUGUUUUAGUUUCAUGGAAACGCCGCACGACGUGAUCUCUUGCCUUACUUUUCCAUACACUGCACAUCUAACUAUGGGCCUUGUCAAGAUAAUUAAGCUUCUUCGAAUUACAGGUGAUCGCGAUUGGGACGCGAGAGUGGCGGAAAAGGAAGUCAAUAUUGAAGACCUCAUACAGCGGCUCAGUGACUUUUUCAGAGCCGGCAGCUUGGUCAUGGGGCCGAGGCGGAGAAUUAUCGACCAAAGCCAAGACAUUCUGGCUCAGUACGCGGAUAGGUUGGGAAUGCUGAAAAUCUGGUGUUCUUUGUACCUGAGCGGGAACGCUAUCAACCCAGUUGGAUCUGGGGAACAGAUGACUGACAGCAAUAUAAACUUCGGACUGGAGGGAAACUUGGCCUUCUGGCAGAUGUUUGUAGAUGGGAGUUCUUGA